UCAGGAUACACAAAGACCCACCAUCACUGGUCAUGAAACCAAAAUGCAGGCCUUAAAACGGAGCCUUACCACCAUCCUUCCUAUCUUCAUCGUCCUCUUCAACAUCUACAGCGCGGAAAAAUGUGAGAGAAUCAAAAUCGGAACCGAAUACUACAAACGACAACUAGUUGCCACCAUAGAUGGGUAUCCCACCGGCAUGGUCAUCGACCCUAGGACAGAACACAUAUUUUUCAUUCUCCACAAGAGGAAUUACACCAAGGGAAUCCAUCUACUCAAACACGGAUCUUUAGGUAUCAAAGAAUUACCAGUCUCAGACGAUCUGAUUGGCCAGUGCGUCGGGAUAGAUGUUCAGAAUAACGUUAUUUACAUCGGAACUAACCAAGGAAUACUCACUUAUGAUUACACUAGGAGCGAAAUAUCAGCUGAGAGACCGAUUGGUGAUGAUGACGUGAGAAAUAUUUUCAUCGACAAAACUGACAAUCAAAUGUAUAUUACCACGGGCUCUAGCCGCGAGAUAUUUCGGUUUAUGAAUGGAUCUGCUGCUGUGAAAAGGUACGACAGGAUUCCUAAAGCCUACAACUUCCUUUUGGACAGCAAAGGCAAUGCGUUUUACGAAUACGUCGAUGGAAGACUUUACUUCUUCUCCAUAGACUAUUUCGAACCGAUUCAGUAUAAAGGAUUUACAAGAGAGUUGAAAUAUAUUUUGGAAUUGAAUAAUAAUGAUGAAGCAAUUGUUGCAGUGAAAGGGUCUUUGUUUAAGCUUUCCACUAAGAGUAUUUUACCUGUUAAAGUUGCACAGUUAGGGUUUAAGAUCACCGGUAUGGCGUUUGACCAUAAGAAUAACAUUGUUAUAGGCACUAAGGGUAAAAUCUACAGGUAUAAACCGUUGAAUGCCAAUGAUCCCUGCCCCGCUGAUGAUUAUUUCAUGUCUAGCAUUUAG